AUGCGACGGAAGAGAAUCAGCUCCGGGGCCAAUGGCUUGAAGCUGACAUCAGACAUUCUCCUCGUCGUUACGAAGAAGGCGACCGCCCAGCCCGAGAAGAAGAAGCCCAUCGCCGUCCCCGUCGCCGCCAAGAAGAGCACCCCCGUCGUCGCCGAGAAGGUUAUUGUCGAGGAGGUCAAGGAGGUCAAGCCGGACAGCAGGCCGAGGACGCCGCUGCAGGCCGUGGGACGGUCGAGCGCGACCGAGUCAAAGCGACACAACGUCCGUAUCUGCCGGCCACGCCUCGCCCCAGCUCCACAGGCCCCUUCCCUCCUCCCCGGCUUCAUCCCGCGCACGCCGCGGCCAUUCAACGCGCAGCGUGCCGAGUCCGCCGACGCUGUCCCACUGCCGACGCCCCGCUCCCCGACCACCUCACCAACCGGGUCUCCCGAGGGAAGACGAAGCACGACCAACGACGAGAGAAUGGGCCGCAACGGACUACGCGAACCGCGCUUCCUCCCAGUUCACGAGGGUGUGAGGCUGGGCAAACCGGCAAGCCCCCCACGGACCGUUGCUCCAGCCAAGCGGCCGCCAGUGAUGAGGAAGCACGAACGGCCCCGGUUCUCCUUUGCUCGGCCCCAGAAGGAGGGCGAUAAGGGUGGAGGGGGGACGUAUCUGCGCCAACUGCGCCACGCUGGUGCUGAUACGGACGGCGCACCGCCCCGUCCCACCGACACCGCUGCCGAGCGGGCAUCGCGCAACGCCGGUUUCGACGGCGAUACACUCGCCCCUCGCGUUUCUCCGCUGGGUGCGGCCCAGGUGCCCGCUCGGAAUGCGGGCAGGGAGCUCAGUGUGGAGCAACUGCUGCGCAUGGAUUUGUCGGGUGUUCGUGCAGCGCGAAAGCGGCGCAGGCUUGCAACACAGCAAUAA